AUGAGCUCCAAGGACCCAGACGCCCGCCGCCGCCGGAAGGACCGCGAUUCCGACCUCGACUCGUCGCGCUCCAGGGACAAGGACCGCCACGCCGUCCGGAAGUCCUCGCACAAGAAAAAAUCGCACUCCAAGGACCGCCUGCGCGACGCUGCGGACCGCGACCGCACUCACUCCACCCGUUCGCACACCCACUCCAAGAAGAUGUCGCUGGUCCCCGAGCUGGACCGCCGGCCGCCCUCAGCCUCGCCUUCCUCCAGCCGCUCCUAUCCCUCCUUCUCCAAGGCCCACAGCCGCGAGUCGCUGGAGCCGCGCAGCGAUGACCCGAAGAAGGGGAAGCCGCUGUAUACUCCAGACCCUACUGACCUGGGUGGCUCGCCGAAGGACGGCCGCCAGUCUCCCAAGCCUGCCGCUGCUGCACGUGCGACUGCUGCUCCUCCAAGCCCGCCUUUGACCGCCGAUGAACCCGACCUGAGGAGGAGGGGCAGUGGGAACAGCAUGAGAAGAUCCGGAGGUAGCCAGCGGUCAGACAAGGAGGGCAGGAAAAGGAGCGAGAGCGGAAGGCGGAGCUCUAGCGGGAGACGCAGCGUAGGCGGAGAUUCGCACCGAGGCGCCGGUCCUAAGAUGGCGACGUCGAAAUCAAGUUUGCGCCAGGCUAUCCCACUCGACGAAGACUCUCAAGACUCUGACGGCUCGGGCUCAAAGCCAAGCACCGCUCGCCGCCAUGCGACUCUGCGGAAAACGUCCUCCGAUACCUCGACGGCGAGAUCGCAGAGGACUGUUAGUGGAACGCACUCCACGACGGAUUCCGAUGCUACCUCAAUCGCCCCAGAUCAGACCAGAGUACGCAGAGAUCCGAUCUCGGAUUCCUCCCCAUCAGUUGACGACUCGUCCCCUCGCACACCGACUGCAAUCCACCCCGCCUUUGCAAACGCCCCGCCCGGCCAAAAGGGCACGCCGAUGGUUCAAGUUUUCUCAGGCCCGGACUCUCGCGCACCGUCUGCAGAUUUCUGGGGCGGAGGCACAAAUGCUCCGCCGCCACCGCCCCCGCCGCCGCCCCCGCCGCCGAUGGUCAUGCCCACUGACGUACCUCGCGUGGACUAUCUGCUACAAAACGGAGGUCUGCCCCAUACAAUUCCCAAAACGCUCGUGGCGGCCGUGGAACCACCAGUAGGAUCAUUGCAGCCUCACUAUGGCUCUCCAGGAAGCCGACCGCGGCCGGCGGACUCGGUGCAGCACAUUUUCGCACCGUUCCAGAAAAUUCUAGAAGACUACAAUCACGUCAUGUCGAAGAACGGGUCCAUAGCCGUUGCUACCGGAUACCGCUCCGUGGCACGACGGCUGCUCGACAGGCUCGAAGCGGUGUUCGCUCGCGACAUUUCCUCGGAAGUCUGUCGCUGCGUCAUGUGCCGCCUGAGAUCAGACGAGGUGGAGCCGACUGAAGAAGAAACUGGUGUCAGCUGGGGAGAGAUCCUGGAAUUUGUCUCUGGCCGGCGCGAACUGCCUCCCUGGCCACCAUUCUCAAUCGACACGGACGCCGGCGGCCUUGGCAUCUCCGGCUUCAACCAAGCAGCGCCGAUGCAAAAGCUCGACAUCGACGUCCCCGAGGAGUAUCGUGAUCACUACAUCAAGCAGAGCAAGAAAACGAAGCAAGCGGUACAAAACUGGCUCGCUACCCAACCGGAAUUCCCGACGAGCCCACCGCAGGAAGUCGAUGAUGAAACUCUCACCUUUGCCAUGCUCACGCACCUGGAAGCAGAGAAGCGCCCGGUUUUCACGGCCCUCCUCAGGGGGAUGAGCACCAUCCCAGCUUCCCGCACGCCGACCCCGCUCAACGUGCCAAGGCCUGACCUCCUAGCGAAGACUGCUACUGCUCUGCAACGGCUGUAUCGCCUGAGCAAGGCCCCCCGCGACCCCGAAUGUGCAAUCUUUCUGCUCAACUACCCGAUGCUCCAUUCAGUCUUGGCUACACUGGCUGCGGUGAGCAGUGGUGAGUGGGAAAUACUCAUUUCAGGCAGGUUCGAUGGGUUUUUGUGGAGCGGUGCGGAAGGCCCAAUUCCGCCCGGUGCUCUCGGGGGGUCAACCAUUUCUCGUGGACCAACCGCCACGCCGUUGUCACGGACCACGACUCCCUUCAGCAUGGGGGGAGGGCCGUCUCGCGGGCCCACGCCCUUCCAGAACGGCAAUCCUGGGACUGCGAGGUCGGCGUCGACGGCGCCAGGCUCCUUUGGCGCGCCUGUCCAGAUGGACGAGGAGGUGGAGAUUGCCACGCUUGCCGAGGUGGAACGUGAGAUUUUCUUGGGCAUGGAAGCGCUCGAGGACGCCUUUGAGGCGCUCCACUGCAAAGCUGAGACGGUUCGCAGAGCGCUCCGAGAGCGAAGCGCUGGCCUCGCGAUGGCGGCGCAGGCGCGCCGGGGAUCCAUGGAUGGCGGCGUCGAAGUCCGACUCGGGACUCCAGCUUCUGGCAUCGGAGGCUGGGGAGGCGGCGGAUGGGAAACGGAGACUGACGAUGGACUUGACGAGAGGUCGGAGCUGGCUCCCGACGACUCGGCAAGCAACAUUAGCUACAGCCGGCGCCGGCGACCUGAGCGGAGGAAGCAGAGGAACACGCCGGCGCCAGUGGAAGAAGAGGACGAGAGCGAGGUGACGGAGGAAGCGCAGCGGAGGAGGUGA